UCCACCCGCCCCGCUCAGCCCCGCUCCGCUCCUCCCGCUCCAGCAGUCCGCUCCGCCCCGCGGUCCCUCCGCCGCGCUGCAACUUCGGUGAGCGGCCCGGGGACGCCGCGCGGAGCAGGGCAGGGCAGGGCAGGCGGAGCCGGGCAUGCCGGCGGCGGCGGGCGAUGGGCUCCUGGGCGAGCCGGCGGGUGGCGGCGGGCGGGCGGCGGCGGACGGCGGCUCCUUCCUGGCCGCCUGGCUGAGCGCCGCCGCGCCCCGGGAGCGGCUCCGCGACUUCCAGCACACCAAGAGGGUCGGCAACUACCUGAUCGGCAGGAAGCUGGGAGAGGGAUCCUUCGCCAAGGUCCGCGAGGGGCUGCAUGUGAUCACCGGAGAGAAGGUGGCAGUGAAAGUGAUUGACAAGAAGAGGGCCAAGAAGGACACGUAUGUCACCAAGAACCUGCGGCGCGAGGGCCAGAUCCAGCAGAUGAUCCGCCACCCCAACAUCGCCCAGCUGCUGGACAUCCUGGAGACUGAGAACAGCUACUACCUGGUCAUGGAGCUGUGCCCCGGGGGCAACCUGAUGCACAAGAUCUACGAGAAGAAGAGGCUGGAGGAGCACGAAGCCCGCAAGUACAUCCGGCAGCUCAUCCUGGCCGUGGAGCACCUGCACCGGGCUGGGGUCGUGCACAGAGACUUGAAGAUAGAAAAUCUGUUGCUAGAUGAAGACAACAAUAUCAAGCUUAUUGACUUUGGAUUGAGCAACUGCGCAGGAAUUUUGGGUUAUUCUGAUCCCUUCAGCACCCAGUGUGGGAGCCCAGCAUAUGCAGCCCCUGAACUUCUGGCAAGGAAGAAGUACGGGCCCAAAAUAGACGUUUGGUCCAUUGGGGUGAACAUGUAUGCCAUGCUGACUGGAACACUACCCUUCACUGUGGAGCCAUUCAGCUUGAGAGCCUUGUACCAAAAAAUGGUGGACAAAGAGAUGAACCCCUUUCCCACCCAGCUCUCCUCAGCUGCCAUAAACUUCCUGCGCUCUCUCCUGGAGCCAGACCCUGCCAAGAGACCAAACAUCCAGCAGGCCCUGGCAAACAGAUGGCUCAAUGAGAACUACCCUGGAAGAGCACCACCCAACGUCACCUACCCAAACAGGAUUCACCUGGAGGACCUCAGCCAGAGCGUGCUGCUGCACAUGACUGAGAAGCUGGGCUACAAGAACACCGAUGUGAUCAACACCGUGCUGUCCAACAGGGCCAGCCACACCCUGGCCAUCUACUUCCUGCUCAACAAGAAGCUGGAGCGCUACCUGGCCAGCCUCAGGAAGGCUGAAGGCCAGGACAGUGUUUGCCACAAGAACCAGCUCUACCAGAUAGAAAAAUACAAGGCCAAUAAAGACUCCUAUGAGAUCCAGAACACCAAGGCUCUGCUGAAGGACCGGAAAGUCGCCAAGGCCGGGGGUCCCGACAAAGACUCCAGCGUGAGCCCUUUGCACGAGCCCCUGGCACCCAAGACGGGCUGUGUCACCUCCAGCUCCCUGGAAUACCUGGAGGUGCAGCAGCCUCCCCCCAGGACACCCCGGCUCCUCAAGAGGCAGGAGUCUCCGCAGCCGGAGCCGUCCCGGAUCGGGGGCCGGGCCAAGGACUCCCCUCUCAUCCUCAACAUCGUGCACUCCUUCGAGUCAGUUGACAGAGAGGACCAAAUAGACCAGGUUUCCCCCUCUCACCAGUACAGAAUUUUAGGCUCUCCAAUGAAUUUCCCUUACAAAAGCUCCAGUGAAAGGACACUGUCGCCACUCUUCCCCCCGGGGAGCACGUCCCCCGUCCACCCCACCCAGGUCUCUUUCACCUAUGAAGAGAAAGCGUAUCCAGCAAAGGAAGAGGCAGUGUCCCCUACCCAGCUGGUCCCCAGCAACCCCCUGGGCAGCCCAAACUGUGUGAAAAGCAGGGGCAGGUUCCCCAUGAUGGGGAUCGGACAGAUGCUGAGGAAGAGGAACCAGAGCAUGCAGUCAGUGAGUGAAAAACCCCUGGAAGCCAGGAUGCCUCAGCUGCAGCAGAUGAGCCCCACACAGAUUUCCUUCAACACAGAGGCUGUCAGCGGCCAGUGUUAGCCUGGCAUCCUGGGAUUUGCACUGCUCUUCUCUGGGAUCUAACCUUUUUCUCCUUUAAGCAAGAAGGGAAAGCCACUGGCGCGUUGCUGUCACCACGUGAUACCCCGCGGUGGUGCAGCGCAGGAAAUCGGAGGUUUGCUUGCAAGGAAGGCACUGUCCUACGUAUUACAGUUGAAAGAAAAGGGCUCUGCUUGUGCUGUUAAGAAAUAUUCACAUUUGGCAUCUGACUGUACACUAAAACACCCUGCAAGAGCUGCGUGGAUCUGUAUUUUCACUGCUCUCACCCGGGUGGGAGAACCACGAGCACCGAGGGUUUGGUUCCUGCAGGGAAUCAGUGCCGUGCCAGGAUCUGUGCUCAGACUGUCCCUGCUCCACCUGCCUGUGCCACACAGCCCGUGCUGCUGCUGCAGGCGUUGUUCCUGGGGCAGGAGAGGGGGAAAUGCCAGUACUCUGUCCAAAGUGAGCUUGCUGACAAGCCCUGCCGAGAAGAUGAAGGUGGUAGAAGCUUGAGUAAAGACACGAGUGGUCUAGCUCAGAAAAAGUGGCACUAUUGGAAUUCAAAGCAGAUUUUACUGUUAAUUACAUAAAGUAGGUAAUAACACAAUCAUUUUUUUUCUCAUGAAGAAAACUGUGAUUUAAUGAUGUCACAAGAAACAUGAUUAUUUAAAAACAAGUGUCAUCAUGUGGAAAUUCACUGCAUUGGUCCCUGUUACACCAAGGCAGCAUUGGACAUGCCUGAAGGCUUCUCUGAGACUGAAUUAAAAAGACUAAUAAAGGACACAUGAACUGUACCAAGUCCUUUUAUACUCCAAGAUUGGUAAUGUAGUGGUUACCAAAAACGGGGUAUUGUUACAAGGAGUGGAGAUUGACUUUCUUAAAAGACACCAUGUUCUGUAUACCAGUCUUGUUUUUCUAAGUAAAUGAUACAUCUGACAGGUUGGCAACAUUUUUUUGGUUCUGUUUCUGUCCUCAAAGCAUUUCCUAUAAAUUAGAAGGUUUAGCCAAAGACAAAGACUGCUCUUUUCUCUGGUCUGUGCCCCCCCGUGUACGUGUUUGUGUGUUGAGAGCAUCUCAGCAAAGCUUGUUCCAGCCUGGUUCUGCUGCCACCAUUGAAUGGCAUUUCAAAACCCAGGAAGCAGAGGUGGUGACUUCUUGUCCUUGGAAGAUGGGAUUUUGCCACUGGUGGGAAUCCAGGCCCUAUUUUCAUCCAUAAUUUUACAAACAAUUUCAUUGCCCCAUUGGUGUCCGUGUAGAUGCUGAGGGUUACCCCUGUUUGGAAAGUUUUCCUUCCAGUUCCACGAGCAGGAUAUUCAGAGCCUGGGUGAGGAGGGGCAUAGCUGAGCCUUUGUACAGGCCUGACACCAAAAUCUGCAGGAAAAAAUGGACAUUAAUCCAAAUACUGACAGAUAACUGGGCUGUUCAGUGCUGGCAAAACCAGCAGAGUGGUGCCCAGAGCACCCAUCUCAUCCCUGCAGGUGGGACCUUCCCCCAGCACUGGGGUUUAGCCCUGGAGAGUCCAUCAGCAUCUUGGACCCUUCAGUGGAGUGAGGACUCCCACCUCUGAGGGAGCUGUGUAAAAUAAUACGCAUGAAAACCCCAAUAUGAUGAGAAAAGACAGCCCUGGAAUAAUUUGAUCAAUUUUCAGAUCAAGAAGUGUUGCAUUCUGUUUGUGGAGAGCACCUAUUCAUUCCAAGGGGCCAUUUUAAUUUGUUCUUUUAUAAAUGUCAGAGCAUUUUCAUUCUCUUCAUGCUAACACAUUUGUGCUGCCAAGCCAGUGGGCAGGGACCACUGAAAUCAGGGAUCACUGAAAUCAGGGACCACUGAAAUCAGGGACCACUGAAAUCAAGGAUCACUGAAAUCAGGGAUCACUGAAAUCCCCCCCCCCCUUUGUGUUCAUCAGACUCACAUACCCGAGCAGAUGGCAGAUGCCAACUUGAAUUGCAAACUCAGGUUUAUUUGGAACCCAAUAAAAGGUUGGGGGAGGCAGGAAAGAGACAUGUUUUGUUUUGGUUUUGGUUUUUGGUUUUUUUUUUUUUCAUUUGUGGAAACAUAGGAAAUAUGUGUAAGAAUCAGAAUGAAAACAAAUGUUAAGUAUUUUAUUAUAUUUAUAGAGAAUAUAUGAGUACUACACUGCUAAAACAUAACCAUGUAUUCAGCAUAGUCAGUAGCUAUGUACAGUCCAACUGCAGUGACCACAGAGGGGACCUACUGAAUAUCACAGUGGAAAUUCCAGGGGGGAAAAGCUGUAUUUGGUAUCAUUAUUAAAUAUAUGUACUUUUUGAACAAGAUUGCCACAGACUGCUGACUUUGUUUGCCAGGUCACUGCAUAGCAAAGAUAAAAACUCAGGACAAAAACUACAAGGAUGGGGCUUGGAGCAGCCUGGUCUAGUGGAAGGUUGAAAUCUUUUUUUGGUGCUUGCCUCAGUCUUGGCACCAAACCUGUCAUGAAUGUGUUUGACAGCUGAAAAUACACCUUACACUUCAGGCUGGGUGUUGGGAAAAGAGCAGUUCUGAGCUUUGGAAUGGAAACAGCCCUGUGGGGCCUUUCUGAGCUGCUGUGAAGCACUUACAGGAGGGUUUUGCAAACUGGCUGAUCACUGGGCAGCAGUUCAGGAGCCAGAGUGGUAAAAGUGGUUCUGUUCAGGCUCUUCUGCCUGGAAAAACAGGUGUUGGAUUUAUUCAGUGAGAAAGAGCAGAAAUCAGCAGCUGUUGCUGAAGGUGUUGGUCUUUGUGCUUCUCCUGUAAAUGGGCUGCUAAAUACU